AUGAAACGAAUACUGGUGAUCGCAGGUACAGAUAGCUCAGGCGGAGCUGGUCUCGAAGCCGAUCAGAAGGUCAUCGCGGCGCACGGCUGCUAUGCCAUGACCGCACAAGCGGCCCUGACUGCCCAGAACACACAAGGAGUCAGGGCCAUCCAUGAGGUACCAAGUGACUUCGUUCGGCAGCAGAUAGAGGCUUGCAUCGAGGAUGUUGGCGUCGAUGUCGUCAAGACUGGCAUGCUGGCUUCUGCGAGCACAAUAUCAGUCGUUGCGGAGCAGAUCGACAGACACAACAUUGCCGUGACGGUCGUUGAUCCUGUCAUGGUAGCUACAACAGGAGCUGAACUGUUGCCGGAGAAAGCUGUCAAGACACUAUGCGAAGAACUGCUCCCGAAGACGUACAUCUUGACACCAAAUAUCCCAGAGGCGAACCUCAUCCUCAAGGAGGCUGGACAACAGGCUAUUGAUAUACAGGAUCUGGAAGGCCUCAAGAAGCUUGCAGCUGCUGUAUACAAGCUUGGGCCGAAGCAUGUCCUCAUCAAGGGCGGCCAUGUACCGCUCACGACAGACGAUCGAGUUGCAAAUUCGGACGAUGAGAAACAGAUUGUUGCCAACGUGCUUGUUGGCGAUGGCAUAUCGGAGAUCUUCAAGUCACGGUACCAGAAGUCGAGGAACACACAUGGCACAGGAUGUUCGCUUGCAUCCGCCAUUGCCUGCAAUCUUGCUGAAGGCCAUGGCAUAGUACGAGCCGUCCGAGAAGCCUGCAGAUACGUAGACGCUGGCAUACGUACCAGCAAGGAUUUAGGCAAAGGCAACGGGCCCUUGAACCAUUUCCACUCGCUGCAGUUUCUACCCUUCUCUCCCGGCUCAUUCAUCGAACAUGUUCUCGACCGCGAGGACGUGAAGCCAGCCUGGCAUGAGUACACGCAUCAUGAGUUCGUCCGAAAGAUGGGAGAUGGAACGCUGCCGGAGGAGAACUUCAAGUACUACAUGAUCCAGGACUACCUUUAUCUUAUACACUUCGCAAGAGCAAACGCACUCGCUGGCUACAAGACAAAGUCGCUUGACGAUAUUGCUGGGGCUGCAACGAUCGUAACACAUAUCCGACAGGAGAUCAACCUCCACAUCAAAGAGUGCGAAGGUUUUGGCCUCACGCAAGCAGAGAUUGAGCAGUAUCCGGAGAGUCAAGCCUGUACUGCCUACUCCCGCUUCUGCCUCGACAUCGGCCAGUCGGAAGACUGGCUCGCACUCCAGAUCAGUCUGCUGCCUUGCCUGCUCGGGUAUGGCAUGAUAGCGAAGCGGCUGCACGAGGAGCAGGCGAAGAAUCCACCUCAGAAGAACAGGUACAAAACGUGGAUCGACAAUUACGUUGCAGAAGACUACACUGCGGCGGUGGAGAAAGGAUGCGCACUCAUUGAGAAGCAUGCUGGCAAGCAAAGUCCAAGUCGAAUAGAGGAGCUAGUCAAGAUUUUUGUGCAAGCAACCAGGUUGGAGACUGGAUUCUGGGACAUGGCAUCAAAGCCGUGA